AUGGCUUGCAGGAAGAAGACGCAAGACGGAAACGCUCUUGCUCCAAACUCAGAAGAGAAAAGAAAACUUCCGUUUAACGACUUUGGUUCCUUCUUUGGUCCUUCUCAGCCUGUUAUUGCUCAUCGAGUAUUACAAGAAAGCAAAUCGCUGUUUAAAAACGAGCUUUUGGCAGCUAAAAUGUUGAACUCAAUCCAAACAAAGAAAGGUUCUGGUCCAGCGACUAAAAAUGCGAAUGAGCAGAAGAAAAGAAAAGCUGAGAUAAUUAAGGAUUCAAGAGACUACUCAUUCCUUUUAUCUGAUGAUGCUGAGCUUCCUGUUUCACUAAAGGAACCACCUCCUCGUAACGACCCUGUUCCUAAUUCUAGACCAAGUUUUUGGAAAAACCAAAUGGAUCAUCCGAGACCCGAUGCUUCACGCAGCCAAAUGCGUUCAAGACCAGUUCCUGCUACAAAACCAAAGGAUCAUAGAAUAAAUCUAAAUCAGAGGCCACUUUCCUCAUCAAAGCCAAAGCCAAAGCCAAAGACAUUGACAUCUGAUCCUAAACAACAAAGGGUAGAACAGAGGAAGGCAUCUCAAGAACUCACAAGUUCUCGAAUGGUUCCAAGACAACCAUUGCCUCCUCGGGUGAUUAGCAAACCACCAUUGAAGAAACCUCAACAACUGAAGACAAAGAAGAAGAAGCAGAAGAAAAUGUCGGAAGAAGAUGAGUCGGCGUUGCGAAUGAUUAGAAAGAUGUGCAAGACUGAUCGUUAUGCUGGGCGUGAUUUGGAAGAUUAUGAUGAUAGAGGCAUGGAAGCCAACUUUGAAGAUAUCAUCAAGGAAGAGAAACGAAGCGAGAAACUUGCGAAGAAAGAAGACGCGGAACAACUACGGUUGAUAGAAGAAGAGAAUACGCGAGAAAGAGUGAGAAAGGAGAAGAAACAGAAGCUGACCCAUUAA